CUCUCUCUCUCUCUCUCUCAGUCUUCAGUUUUCAUUCCACUCACAGAGCCUCUCUUUUCUGUGGCCUGGGAAGCGGCAGAAGGAGAAGAGAGAGAGAGAGAGAGAGCGUUACAACUUCUUCUUAUUGGUUUGUUGUUAAUCAGAGGAGGAUUAAGGAAUGGCCACCGUCGUCCCUCCCGCGGCUGCCACGCCGCCGGCAUCGCAGCCGGCAGCGGUGGAGCCGGAGAAAGUGGAUUACCUGAACCUGCCUUGCCCUAUUCCCUACGAAGAAAUCCACCGCGAAGCGCUCAUGUCCUUGAAGCCGGAACUGUUUGAGGGAUUGCGCUUUGAUUUUACCAAAGGGCUCAAUCAGAAAUUCUCACUUAGUCACAGUGUCUUCAUGGGACCUACUGAAUUUCCUGCACAGUCCAACGAGCCUAUCAAGAUUCCCACCGCUCACUAUGAAUUUGGUGCCAAUUUUAUUGACCCAAAGUUGAUGCUUUUUGGGAGAGUGUUGACAGAUGGGAGGGUGAAUGCUCGGGUGAAAUGUGACUUAUCUGAAAAUCUUACCCUGAAGGCUAAUGCUCAACUUGCAAAUGAGCCUCACAUGUCACAUGUCAUGGCCAAUUUUGAUUACAAGGGUAAAGACUAUAGGACUCAAUUUCAACUUGGGAAUGGUGCCUUAUUCGGAGCCAACUACAUACAGAAUGUGACUCCAAAUUUGUCUUUGGGUGGUGAAGUCUUCUGGGCCGGUCAGCAUCGGAAAUCUGGAAUUGGUUAUGCAGCCCGAUACAACACAGAUAAGAUGGUUGCCACUGGCCAAGUUGCUAGUACUGGAAUGGUUGCUCUGAGCUAUGUUCAAAAAGUGUCUGAGAAAGUUUCCUUGGCAGCAGACUACAUGUACAACUACAUGUCAAAAGAUGCCACUGCAAGCUUUGGUUAUGAUUACAUUCUCCGACAGUGCCGUCUUAGAGGCAAGAUUGACUCCAAUGGAUGUGUAGCUGCUUUUAUGGAAGAGCGACUGAAUAUGGGUCUUAACUUUAUUCUAUCUGCUGAGAUAGAUCACUCGAAGAAAGACUACAAAUUUGGGUUCGGGUUGACUGUAGGAGAAUAAGAUAGAAAGAAGGUUUGGCCCGCUGUCCGCAGUUAGAUUGAUGCUGCGCGCAUACAAGGUUUCCUCUGUUUUCAGAUGCUGGUCCAAGGGACCGGUUUUGUACUGUUUUCUGGAAUUCCAUUACUCCAUGGGUCAGCGCCAAGAGUUUUAGCCUCCAUAGUCAUCUUGGCACCCCACAUUUUGGAGUUAUUGCUAUUUCUUUUUUUCCUUUUUACAGCUAUAGAAUUUCAUGGACAUGGAAAUGGAGCAAUAUUUUACCAUUGGUUGGUGAUUGCGUUGAGAUGAGGCUGGUUUUAACUUGAAUAGCAUCUUUGAGGUGCCAUUACUACUGCUGGGGGGG